GCUCUGGUGUGUUCUAUUGGAGUUGAACGGCGCCACAGAAGUAAAGACACGAAGAUGGCAGGCGUCCUGGAUGUUCCUAAACCAAGAAUAAACUGCUCGAUGCUGUCGCAGUACAUUAACCGACCGGUGUGUCUCGUCGGUCGUGUCGGAAAGGUUAACCCAUCAGGGAAAACGUUUAAUGUUUUUGAUGGAGAAGGAAACAGCACAACAGUUGAACUGAAUGAGCCUCUUGAAGAAGAACUGAGCGGUAUCGUGGAGAUCGUUGGUAUGGUGUCCAACAAAGGAGUUCUGAUGGCCUCCACAUACAACAUACUGCCAGAAGAUAAGGGGAUUGUCUUUGAUUUAGAACUCUACAAUGAAGCAUUGAAGGUCAUUCAUGACUUCCCUCAGCACUACCCCUUCCAGGUGGCUGCUAGUGCAUGAAACCUCCACAUUAACACUGUUUGUUGUUCGUCCCUAACAAGGAGAAAAUGUGUACAAAGAUUUGCAAUAAAAUAUUUUUCAAUACAGCA